CUCUCUCUCUCUCUCUCUCUAUAACAUUGUUGCAUUGAUAUAAACUUCCCGGGGAUUUUCAGAGACAAGAGGGAACACCCAUCUCUGGUGUCUUACUCCAUUAUAUAUUCCUCAAUUCCCAGACACACAAGAACCUCAAAUCGCAGAUAGAGAGACAACACAGUUUAAAAAAAAAAAGCAAGGAAUUUUAGUGUAUCUGAGAGACACAGUACGAGGAACAAGAGAAGCUGAUCAUCAUCAUCAUCAUGGCUAUGGGUCCUGAAAGAUCGAAGCCACUGCACAACUUCUCGAUGCCAUGUUUGAAAUGGGGCAACCAAAGAUUCCUGAGGUGCGUCAAAGUAACAACCGAGCCAUCCCCACUCCCACUCGAUCCUCACCAACAUGAACAACCCCACAAGAGGAACAACAACCAAAUCGACCCAUUUCAAAAUUCCAACGACGACAUCGACGCCGUUCGCGAGAAGCUCAUGAUCGAUCUCAGGGUCGCCGCCAACAAGCUCAAAGUUUCCAUCUUUGAGGAAGGGAAUGGGAAUGGGAAUCCAAUGCCCUGGAAUUUGAGGGCCAGAAGAGCUGCGUGCAAGGAACCUCACCAUGAAGAUCAGAGGAACCCAAUUGAUUCUGUCGGUAAAGCUAAGGAGAACAACAAAAACAAGAAGAAGAAGAAGAAGAAAACCAAUGAGAGAGCCAAGUUUUCAGUUUCACUGUCGAAGGAAGAGGUGGAACAAGAUUUCUUGGCUUUGGUUGGGACCAGACCUCCCAGGAGACCUAAGAAGAGGCCUAGGAUUGUGCAGAGGCAAUUGGAUACACUGUUUCCUGGAUUGUGGCUUACUGAGGUCACUGCAGAAUCUUACAAAGUGGAUCAUGUCCCUGAAUGAGGUCAAGUGGAGUGAUAGUUCUUUUUUAUUUUAUUUUUUUAACUCUAUCUCUGUAUUGCAUGCAUCAGUGAAUUUUUAAUUGAAUCUCUAAUUUUUGUGAAUAAUGGUCUCCUGCAGGGGUUGGAAUGAUGCCAUUGCGAUGCUUGCUGACUUCUUACUUACACAGUGGGACAUAAAUAAUGGUAGUUACCAAAUCAACCAUGUAAAUCAUAAACUUCAAUAAUGGAAUUCUGCAUUUGGUUAUCGGAAAUGUAGC